GAAGAGCUUAUUUCUGUCACUUGAAUGUCAUCAUCAGUGUUCACGUCUCAAAUAUAAAAAUCUGGAUUUUCUAUGUGAUACACCAGUCACAAAAAGGGCAGAUGCUCCUCGCCCCAGCGUACACGCUACUACCUGUCCGGACGGCACGCUGUCCGCGGUGCUGAAGCGGUGACGUAGGACGGUGCCGCUCAUCACGCAUCCUCUCCUGCCAUUUUUGUGCUACUGGCUAGCUUGCUAAGCAAGGGGUCUCCAUCAGCAGGAGGCGGAGAAGACUGCAGGCAAGCAGAGAGAGGCAGUCCGAUCAAGACACUGAAACGUCCCCGGACAGUCGGGGAGCUCUUCCACACAGCAACACGUUAUUAGAAAGGCUGAACGAUGUCUGACUUUGACAGCAACCCGUUUGCAGACCCGGACUUCAGCAACCCCUUCCAGGAUCCCUCGGUGACGCAGGUGACCCGGUCUGCCCCUCCUGGUGGUCUGGAGGAGUAUAACCCCUUCACAGACGCCAGAACGGCGGCCCCUGGGAAUGCCCCCAAAGCUGCUCCUGCCCCGUCACAGCAGAACACACAGCCCGCCAUCAUGAAGCCCACAGAAGAGCCGCCGGCUUACUCGCAGCAACAGACUCAGGACCAAGCGCGCGCUCAGGCUGAGUUGUUGAGAAGGCAGGAGGAGCUGGAGAAGAAAGCUGCAGAGCUCGAUCGUCGGGAGAGAGAGUUACAGUCCCACGGGGCCGCGGGAGGGCGUAAGAACAACUGGCCUCCCCUGCCAGAGAAGUUCCCCGUUGGCCCGUGUUUCUACCAUGAUAUAGCAGUGGAUAUUCCUGUAGAGUUCCAAAAGACCGUCAAGAUCAUGUACAACCUUUGGAUGUUCCAUGCAGGCACGCUCUUUGUGAACAUGUUCGGCUGCCUGGCCUGGUUUUGUGUGGAUGCAUCUCGCGGAGUAGAUUUCGGCCUGGCACUGCUAUGGUUUCUCCUGUUUACGCCCUGUUCUUUCGUCUGCUGGUACAGACCGCUUUACGGGGCUUUCAGGAGUGACAGCUCAUUCCGCUUCUUUGUGUUCUUCUUCGUCUAUAUCUGUCAGUUUGGGGUUCACGUUCUACAAAGUAUUGGCAUCACUGGCUGGGGAACGUGUGGUUGGAUCGCAGCCUUAACCGGUCUGAACACCAGUAUCCCGGUGGGCAUCAUCAUGUUACUGAUAGCGGCUCUCUUUACAGCGCUGUCAGUGGGCUCGCUCAUUAUGUUUAAAAAGGUGCACGCACUGUAUCGCACCACCGGUGCUAGCUUCGAGAAGGCUCAGCAAGAGUUUGCAACCGGGGUCAUGUCAAACAAGACAGUUCAGACUGCGGCUGCCAACGCUGCAGCUAAUGCUGCAACCAACGCUGCCCGCGGGGCUUUCAAACCUCAGCCAUAAACUGACGCGACCACACAUAUGCACACAUGCUCGCACAUACACACACAAACACUCAAAAGUUGGGGAUGCACAACUCUGGCCCCCCGCAAGCUCUCAAAUCAAAUUGAUUAUAUUUAUGAACGCUGUUACGCCAAGGUCGCCCUGCACACUUUGCUCAGGGUGUGCAAAGAGUCAGAGGCCAGAAAUAACAAAGACGUUAGUCAGAUAAAGUAACCAGAGUUGUCCACCUUCACUUCAAAUCAAGUUUCAGUAUAAAAAAAGGACUCUGCUACAUUCUUCCUGUCUGUUCAUCCCCUUGAAACAUCCAGCAACAUCGAGGCGUGCCCUGUAGUGUUUGGGAUUUCAUCUCACUCGCUCCUUCGCUUUACCCCGCUCUCCUGUCGCCGUGAGGUGAUCCUAGGUCAGGCAGAGGUCGCAGUUUUUAACAUACCUUGUUUUUGCCAUGGCAAUGACCUCCAAACAGCUUCCUGCCUGGUUCAUACAGUAUAGAGUUAUGAAAAGUGAUAAUCCGAUCAUGAUGUUUUUGCACACAGUUCUGUUUUCUUGGUCACAUCCCAACAAUUCAGUGUAGGUUUGCUCUCUGUGCGAAUGUGUACUUCACUCAAAAAGAAUCGUGUUUCUAACUUUCUGUUUUUUAAAUCCAGAGCUUGGUCAGUUCAAUCUGAAACCUAAAUUGUUCCUUGUCCUAAAUCUGUGCUUCUAUUCUAAGACAAAAACCAUCCCGGUAGUUCAUGAGUAGAAAUAUGUUGGUAUGUUCUUAUUUUAGGACCUGUCUGCAGCCCCCCAGCAGUGCGCCAAUGGCACCUGUCGGCUGAGCAGCUGUUCCCACUUUGUGGGCUAUUCUGAUUGACACGGUGGGCUGGGCCGGCAUCUCUGUGGUUUACGACAAUUUGCCAGCAUGAUGAUGACAAGCAUGUUUAGCAGACUCGUGGUAGCCUUUUCUCUGGCUACAGGUGGUAGCUGGUGCUGAUGUUUGACUGAUGUUAGGAUCUAUUUUUGAAGAAGCACUGAACGCCCAGGUCAGCAGGGUCACCGGUUUUCACAACAAACCUGUGGUUCAGUCAGAUGAUUUCAUGGCCUGGUGCACUAAAGGAGGGAAACAAAACAGGAGAAAUAUUUGCAUUUUCCUUUAUGUAUGUAUGACAUUAACAGACUACUAUGUGGCUUCAUCUCAGUUGUUUUUGUAGCUCGUCACUCUCUUAUAAAAACUUAACGCUGCUGUGAAUCUGAGAGACGCUGGGUGGUAGCCUCCUGCUGUCCUGCUUCCUGUUGAAAAAAGGACAAAUACCAUUCAUUCAUAUGAAGAGCAGUGGCCUGCCUUUUCUCACAGAAGAUGAACUGGAUAAUGUUAAAGCUAUGCUUUUUUUUAUAAAGAUUAACCUGCAGACAUGAAAUAGAAAGAAAAAAAAACAUUGAUAGUGUGUAAAUGACACAGACCAACCAGUCCAUUUUACAGACAGAAAAAUGUCAGCCCAUUUGUUUUUCCUCUGUCAGCAUUGGAUAACUGGAACCAGACUUCUCAUAGCCAAAAUGAGCAUUACGAUAACAGAGGAUUGAACGUGAUACAUUCAUUAAUUUAUAUACUAUAACAACAGUGUUACUCAGAACUAAGUUGUACAGAUUACUGUCACUGGAGUGAAAUAUGGAACGUGGGUUACUUUUGUGUCGUGCUUCAGCACUUCUCGUAGUGGCGGUGAGUGUCUGAAGAUGUGCGUGAUAGAUGACUGAUGAUUAGCGCGGCUGUUAUUACAAAUGUAUGGACGGAACUCUGCAGUGGUUUAAAUACUCCUGAGAGUUUGAAGGUCAGUAAUUGGUCAUAAAGAUAAGCCUACAUCUUUGGCAGUAUUGUUUUUGUUUGGAAAUAUUUUGUUUUUAAAAUCCAUUGCACAUUUUCUUGUUUGACGUUAACCUUUGAGAGCAAAAGACAAACCUGUUUUUAUUUAUGGUGUAAUUGAAAGUCGUUUGCAUCUCAAUUUUGUUUGGUUUGAUUUUACAUUAUGUAUUAUGUUUUGUGUGGUUUUAUAAUGACAUGAUCAUAGCAUCCGCUAGAUUGAAACGUGAUCCGUGACUUUGCAACUGGAACCUACAAUAAGUGCGUUUGUAUGGAUGAGGAUGUGUGUCGGAUUGGUAUGAAAGGAAAAAAAAAAAGAGAAAAAAAAAUCUCCCUCAAGUGUUAUUCUAUGUCCUGAAAAGCUGUGAGAAAUCUACCAAAUGUCCAUAUAGAUUUGUUUUUUAAAUCUUGGUUUGUGAUGUGCUCCCUUGCCAUGUUUUACUUUAAGAUUAUUACACAGGUUUUCUUUGCUACAAACACCCACAUGAUUCCCAUGUAGUUUUAAACAGUUGUUAAAUGAAGCCAUGUCACCGUGGGUAAUUACUUGAUGUAUUUGGAGAGCUGGUCCCCAGUACGGAACGAUUAACUGGAAGUUUUCCAACACAAAACUGUGUUUUUUGACCUGUGACCACGUUAUUUCACUGAAUCAGAGGAGAAGCUCCUUCAAAAAAGGGACACUUGUAUAUUUUGUAAAGUUGAAAAUUUGAUCCCCAUUAUCAAUCACAUGUAAAAAGAAAAAAACGUAACGCACUCUUGUCUGGCCUUUGUUGCAUGUGAAAUAGUUUGAGUUUUGUAUAUUUAUGGUAUU